AUGCAGAAAUCACAUAAAUCUUCAACAAAAAACAACAUAUUAUACGAACCUUUACCUAUGGAUGUCUACGGCAAGCCGCUGGACACUCCAGAGCGUAAAUUAAUGCAAUUUGUUGCUUCGGAAAUGGAACCGAAAUUGUUUGUUAAACACAAAAAUGAUUUCACGUUUAGAAUGAUCACUCAAAUCAGAAAACCAAAAGACAAGUAUAAAUAUCGCCCCAAGAAGAAAUAUUUAACAAAACAAAUGAGAAGAGAAAACAACUUGGAUAAACUACCAAACGACUGGAAUUACAAUGCUUUGCAAGAAAUGAGAAACAUGUGGCAUAGUUAUAUGACAAAAUGCCUGGCAUCUCUACAUUUAGCCUCAGAGAAAGUCCCAGAUGUUACAGAUAAUAAAUAUGCACAAUUUCACAGUGUUUUAGCUAAAAGUGAAUUGACAGGUGCAAAUAUCACAGUGGAAAAGUCUAAUAAUCCAUCAUAUGUUGGCAUGGAAGGUACAAUCGUCCUGGAAACACAACAGACAUUUCAAAUAGUCACACCUAAGAACCAAUUAAAAAUUUUGUUAAAAUCUGGUUCCGUUUUCAUUUUCCGCGUUGGAUCUAUGCAAUUUACCAUCUACGGCAACUCGUUACUCAUCCGACCUCACGAACGCUGCGUCAAGAAGAUCAAAUCAUUUAUUAAUAUCGAUUUGUAAUGUUUAUUCGUCUAAAACCUAACGGUAGUUCAAAUAUUCCAUGCUGUCAUGACAUCAGCUCAA